AUGAUGAUGAUGCACGGAAGCGCGCCGCUCUACAGCCGCCCGGCCGCGCCCGAGGGCGAGACCAUCUCCAUCUCCAUCGGCCAUGGCAGCGACCGCUCCUCCUCCAUCGUGCUGCCGCGCGGCCAUGACCUGGUCAAGCACCUGGAGCGCCUCAUCCCGGCCACCUCCGCCUCCUCCCCGCAGUCUCAGCCUCAGCAGCAGACCCUGCAGCCGCUCAUGUACGCCAAGACGCAGCCCGAGUCCGCCGCCGCGCGCUUCGACGCCGUGCGCGCGCUCUCGUCGCUGCCCUACCAGCAGUCGCCCACGCAGGCCCCGAUCUCGUCCAUGUCCCAGUACAUCCACGCCAACUCGCGCUACGAGACGUCGGCCGCCGUGCCCGCCACCUCGAGCCUGCCGCGCUCGCCGCUCUACCACUCGGACAGCUCCAACAACGGCGGCGUCCGCGUCUACCACCACACGCCCGAGUACCUGGAGCUCGCUGGUGAGCCGCGCGCCACGCGCACCCGCCGCCGCCGCGGAGCCAACGGCGCCAGCAGCGGCAAGUGCUGCCAGGUGGUCGGCUGCGACAAGAUCUCGGUGAGCCGCGGCCUGUGCCGUGGCCACGGCGGCGGCCGUCGCUGCCAGCACGCGGGCUGCACCAAGGGCGCCCAGAGCCGCAGCGACUUCUGCUGGGCGCACGGCGGCGGCCAGCGCUGCGAGGUCAAGGGCUGCAUGCGCAGCCGCAAGUCGAAGCGAUUCUGCGUGGCCCACCUCAACUGGGAGACCACGGCGCCCGUGGCGCCUGCCCCCGUGUACGAGACGCUGCCCCGUCAGAUGGAGCUGCCCAUGCCCAUUGUGCCCAAGGCCGUGUCGCCCGUCGGCAGCUUGAGCCCCACCGCUCUGAACGGCUCUCCGCGCCUCCCCAGUCUCCUGCAGGCACUGCGCAACAUGCAGCAGUCGAGCAUGACGGUGCAGAGCUAAGUUAGAGAGACCCAAGUAGAUCUAGUGUAUCAGCGCGCAGGCGCCUUAUUAAUAUUUUAACGAUGCAAACAGUUUUCC